UGAACUCGACGUGGGAAAACGGGAAUCAAGAAAAUUGGAUAGGGUACUGCUGAACAACAAUUAGGACUGGUCCUUUUAAUUAUUGCUUUGGAGGGUCAGAAUCUGUUAGCAUGUCAGGAAGAAGACCUGCCAAGCUUUUGGUGAUUGUGGGUCAAGAUGAUUCAAGAAAGUUGCUUCUGCCAGAUGGGAUUCCCAAAUCAGUGGAUGAGCUCAGUGAAAAAGUGAGGGAAGCUUUUGGAUUAAAUUGUAGAUUCAGACUACAGUAUAAGGACAAAGAUUUUGGGGAUGUAUUUGUAAAUUUGAUGAACACUGUAGAACUUCAGAGUCUUGGCACUCUAAAGAUUAUCCCAUUGCAAGACGAAGACUCAUUCACUGCUCAAACAAAUGAUGGGACCCAGAGUAAUGAUGAUGCUCUGUCCUCCGUUGGCUCUGUCGACACUGAUGAUACAAUCAUCUUCUCACCCCCUGUCUCAGAAACAGUUUCUACAAGAAAUCAACAGUGGCCAAAAGAAUUUAAUAUUCCACGCUUUUCUUAUGACACUGAACUCCAAUUAGAGAGAGGAAAUUCUCUUUUUAAGGCUAACGGAACAAGGCUGACUGUCACUCCAAAGAUGAAGUCUGAUAUUCUGGAGAAGGUUUGUGAUGAGAUAUACAAGUAUAAAUCUUAUCCAAGCAGUGCAGACUUCUGUGAAGUUUCAGAGGCACUUAUCAAGAAACACCCUUGCUUAGCAGAAAAAGGAUCCUUCAAUGGGUGCUAUGGGUGGACACAGAGAAUUAAAAUGAAGAUGGGAAACCUACGCACACAGUUGAAAGGUCUUGGAUGCCCUGAGUAUUUGGUAAAUUCUCUGAAAACCAAAGCCUCAGACCAUGCUUUUCCAGCAAAAAAUGUUAAACGACCUAAACGGGGUGAGGCCAAUCAUAUUCCAUCCCUACCUGCUGGAGAGACAUCAGCAAACCUUGAAAUUGAGCGCCUGGCACUUGUAAAGGACGUGAAGAAAAGAAACAGUGCAUUGACAAUCAGAGAAAAAAUGACAAAGACGUUUGCCUUUCGCAGACAAGAGAUUGUGGAAAACCAACCUAGUGUUCAAGAACUGCAAGAAAGAUGGCCAGCUCUGUUUCAACAAGAGGAGAUUAAUGCCGAAUUUUUUCGCAUCACGACCUUACCUUUACAAUCGAGAUUUAUGGCCUCUUUGGACAGACAGAGCUCUCAGCUUCUCCAGGUUAUUAGGAGCAAAGGUGGUGUCCUCCGUGAAAAAACUAAGGAUACUAUUAAAGUUAUGGAUCAGAGUCUGGACAUAGACAUCAGAAGAGAGUGCCUGCUGAAGUGCCUGAUCAUGUACCUUGGUGAAGAUGCAAGCUGUCUGAUCAAAGAAUACCAGGCUGACCAGAGGGAGGAAGCGGAGAGAGAAUUUGAAAAGACCACUAUGGCAUUUUUUGUGAUCCGCGAAAGUGAUGCUCUUAGUCGUGCGCUGGACACUUCCAUUGUCAUUGAAGGUGUGGAAGUACUAAAGGAGUUGCCCUCUGUUGCAUGUGCCUGUGCCAUGAUGUUUGGACUCAUUUAUGCACUGAACUUAAAAUAUCCUGAAGGACUCAAAUAUACCUUUGAGGCCUUUCAGAAAAUUAUCAUGGACAUAGAGAGUAAGCAGAUGAGCCGAAGGGUGCAGAACCUCUCUUCAAAGCUGCAGGAGUAAAUUUGUUUCCUUUGACCCAGCUACAAUGUUCUGCUGAUGGUAAAUUUCUUUGAAGAUGUUGGACUGUAUAAAGCCUUUUAUACAAAUUUAACUGUACUACUGUUUACUAAACCGGAUUUGUUUUAUCUAGGGUUUAGUGUUGUCAAAAGUACCGACUUCGGUACCAAGUCGGUACUGAAAUUUUAAAAAUGUGACGCUUUGAGCGCUGUUGAGCGGAAUCGUAAACACCUCUGAUUGGUCAUUGUGUUCUCGCGCUCAUCGGAUAUGUCUGUGAUUGGCUACAAUGAUCAACGCACGGGAGCGUUUGAGAGUACACGGAAGUGUUUGAAAGUUUUUUUUAAAAAACGGGAGUGGGAGCUUUUGAAAGCAAAAGCAGCAGUCUAUCAGCGGACCGGUCCUGCUUUCAAACGCUCCCGUGUGUAUCUGUGCAAGCGCUGUGUGAAGAGCACCAUUGAUGUAUAUUUACAACAAGUUUUGAAGCGCUGAUCAUU